UCAUCACGUUCCCAUUUCCGAACAUGCACAUAUAAGCAAUUCUUUUUCUUCUUCUUGCCUGUAGGUUCUCGCUCCGGAGCGAGAGCAACAAACAGCAAUAGACUGAAUUGGGUUCGGAUAAUUAGUCCAGGAAGAGUUGGGCACAGCACUCAGAUUCUGAGUUUCUUUUCCCCUCUGAAAGUCAGAAGAGAAUUCAGGCACAAACUUUUUGGCUUGUGUGACACCCGUUCAAUUCACGUGGCCAGCCCAGUCAGUGGUUCCGGCCCAAUUUCCGAUCGCAGCGUAGCCCAGCCCGCUCCUCCCCCUCGCUCUCGCUGACACCUAGGGCCCGCGCGACAGCGCUUUCGUCUCCGCGCCCGCUCCAGCGCCCGCACGCCUGCUCCCGCAACCAUCACCCACCUCGCCUCCAAAUUCGCCGGCAUGCCCCGCCCCACGUGCCCACGCCCACGCAAUGGCAGCCUCCCCUCGCCUAUUCAACGGCCCUGCAGCGCACCGCCACCCCGUCUGCCUCAAUUCGCCGAAAACCUGAGCUCCAUUGCCGCCGUCGCCGAGCUCGCCGAGCAAAUCCACCGCUCCCGAGCCUUCCCCUCCGCGUCGGAGCCCACCGCCGGUUUCGCCGAAGCUCGUGGAGCUCAUUUCUCCACUCGCCGAAGCCUCCUCGCCGCCGGAACCGAACUUUCAUCGAACGCCGGGAACUCAUCCGAUCGUCGAUUUCAACUCUCCGUCGCCGCAUCCGCGAAUUCAACGAGCCCGAUCUCCACCAUCGCUGACCACCGUCAGGAUCUCCUCGGCCGUCGAUUAGCUCUCGGAGACGAGCAGUGUGUCAGCCUUCAAGAUCAAGCAUUUGAAGACUUCGAGCAACCUGCAUUUGAAGGCAAGUGUUCUUGACCACUUUGAUACCAUUGUAGAACAUUGUAGAUUUUACUUUCCUUAGAUGCAUGCUUGUUUAAUAUGGAAUCCCAUGAGUAGGGUUUUACUAGAAUUUGUGUGAUAAUUCCUUGUAGCCUCUGUUGGGUCAUGGGAUAUAAAAUGGGUAGCUAUGCUAGUGCAGUCAGGUUGGGAGUAAAUAUUAAUCUUGACUAAUGUUUAUGUAACAAAAGUUGAGGUAUGGUAAUCUUGUAGUAACUUGGAAUAGGGAUCCUAACUGGAUGGCUAGUAUGAGGUGGAGCUAUACAGCAGGGAUUGUGUAUGUUCCUGUGUGGAAUCCUAAGGACCGGUUUGUGAAGCCUGUUACCCGGCAUAACAGCACAACCAUGAGAUCUAUAUGGGUACGGCCUGGCCAAGUAAUUAGUGCCCUUCAUAUUCUGUACGCAUCAAUGGUCGGUUAAGUGGCACAAGAGGGGGCCUCUGCAGUGGAUGGAAUCCCUGUUAGUGGUGAAAACUUAGUGUCUGCUUAUAGAUUUGGAGGCGCUUUGUAACGGCCUUGUAAUGAGACCCCGGCUUUACACCCCGGAAGUGUAAAGCAAAACGGGAAUCACGACUCGUGGGUAAAAUGUGCAAACUCUGCAGAGUGAUAAAACUGAUCGAUCAA